AAUAAAUAAAGGGAGAGAGAAAUAUUUCCCCUAAUUCUAGAGAGAAGUAAUUUAAAGCUCUGUAGACGAAGAAAAUCCUCGUACCUUCAACUAUUUUAAAUAUUUCUUUCAUUUCUCAGAUCAUUCAAACUGUUGAAAUAUAGAUAUAAACUUUCAAUCUUGCGGGUGUUCGUGACGAAUUAGGAGAAAUAUAUUGUGUUCAAUUGCAUCUGUAACGCGCCUGAAUUGAGAUUAGAGUGAGAAUCGAGAGAGAAAUACGCAGAGGCAUGUUGUGAUUUUUGCAAUUUUGUGUUUAAAUUUAGAAUCGAAGAGUUGAUGUUAGGGUCUGUUGACGAUCGAUUGGCAGCCGAAAGGAAGGAACGAAGUGUUGAGGAGCUUUACAAUGCAACGAAAUUAAUUUAUCAAAUAGAGAUCACACCAGUUUUGAGAGGCAGUUGCCGCAUGCAAGGACCCGGAGAGGAAGCAGAUCUUGAUGUCGAGAAGAAUAUGGUAACAUCACAGGCUGAAAGAAAAUUUGGCAAGCAUUCCAUGAGUCGAAAAAAUCUUAUGAGAGCAGAAUCUGGAACUUGUAACGUCUGUUCCGCUCCUUGUUCAUCUUGUAUGCAUCGCAAGAUAGCUAUCAUGGGAUCAAAGAUUGAUGAGUUCUCUGAUGAGACAUGUCGCGAAACAACAGCUAGUCAGUUUUCUGGUAAUGACAAUGUUGGCUCUAAAGGUAGACCAUGUGGCAGCCUUCAACAUGCUGCCAGUGAAGCAAGUAACCUGCUCAGUGCCAAUUCAAGUCAUGAUUCUUUCUCGGUGAAUGCUGAAAGCAAAGCAACCGUUAGGUCUUGUGAUAUAUCUGUUACUUCAGAAGAUUUUGAUACACAUCCAAAGUUGUCCUCUGGUGGAGCUGGUGCAGAGGAUCAACUAUCUCCAAAACCUGACUCUGUUUUGGAUCAGAGAAUCUUCUCUGCUAAGUAUGAUGAUACCAAAGGUGUGGAAGGACAUGACGAUAAUAUGUCAAGUGUUAGUAGAGCCAAUGAUGCUGAUGCAGCAGAUGGUGACAGAUAUGUAGACUUUAAGAAUUUAUCUCAUAGUUCAGCUUUAGUUUGUAGUUUAGGUCCAGAAGGAUCUGGGAAGGCACCAUUUUCCCAGAAAUUAGGCUCCUCAGAUAUUCCUUCAGCAAAAAAGGCUGAUACUGGUUGUGGUUCUCCAAAGGUUCAAAGUCCAUUUUCUCAUUCUCACAGUGACAAGUUGCUUAUUGGAGGCUUUCCUGAAGUCUUGACAAAAAUAUCUCCAAAGUCAGAAGCAGAAGUUGAGAAGGAUAGUGGGGAACCACCUGAUGAAGCUUGUAAAAGUUCAGGCCAUGAUGAACAUGAUUUGAAGUUCAAUGAGUUGGAUUUACCUGACACCCAGCUUCCACAAGCAGCUUCUGGGGAUGAUAGUGAUGAGUCAGACAUUGUAGAACAUGAUGUAAAAGUAUGUGAUAUUUGUGGGGAUGCAGGACGAGAGGAUUUGCUUGCUAUUUGUAGUAAAUGCAGUGAUGGGGCAGAGCACACCUAUUGCAUGAAAGAAAUGCUUCAAAAACUUCCUGAAGGUGAAUGGCUAUGUGAAGAAUGCAAGUUUGCGGAGGAAACUGAAAAUCAUAAGCAAGUUUUAGAUACAGAGGGUAAAAGAACAAACAAAUUAAGUACACAAAGCUUUGGUAAGAGACAAGCUGAAAAUCUAGAGCCUGCUGCAGCAGCUAAAAGGCUGGCUGUUGAAACAAGUCUAGGACCAACAAAAUCAUCCAGCCCUACCAGAGCAGCUUCUUUAUCACGGGAUAGUUCAUUCAAAAGCAUAGAUAAGGGGAAAGUAAAGCCAGCAUCUUUUGGUAAUAUUUCCAGCAAUGAUGUCUCAGAAACUGCACGUUCUCCUACUGGUCUGCUGCUUCAAACACCCAAGGGUAAUUUAUUUAAAUCCAAUUCAUUCAGCACCAAGCCAAAAGUGAAACCUGUUCCUGAAGUUAUUCUUCAAAAACAGAAAGGGAGCAGAGAGCAAGCACCCCUUGAUAUGAAAGAAGGGUUUUCUAGAGCAAUGAGCAAAUCUCAGUCGUUUAAAUCUACAAAUUUUGGCCGUACAAGUACUAGCGAAUCAAAAUUUAGAGCCGUUUCACCUCGAUUGUCUCAGGAUCUGAAAGGACUAAAACAAUUGAAAGAGCGCACUCUAUUUGAAAGGAAAAAUUUGUCGAAGUUGGAUAAGUCUCAUGCUGUUUCAGCAACUGCUAGUGCUGUCGUCUCAACACCCAAGGUUGAUCAAAAGCUCACAUCUCGUGGUGAAACGGUGCCUCUUGCAUCUGCAGGCAACAACCGUGAGUCAAAGGUUGUGAAAUCUGAAGGAAAAGUAAGUAUUUUGCCAAAAUCAAACAGCAAUCUAGCUCGUAGAGGUGCAGAAGUUCCAGCUUCUCCGGUUGGAGCUUCGUCUAUGAAUGGAAUGUCCAGUUCUUCUGCUGAACAGAAGCCAAACCUUGUUAUCCCCAAGGAUGAGCCCUCAUCCAGUUCUUCUUGGACUGCUGAUAGGCCAUCAAAUAGUGUUAAUGAAAUUCUGCAAGAUUGUCUACCUCGAUCACUGGAAUCAACAACUCAGGGUGAAAAACUCAAUGUUAGUCGUCCAAGGCCUACUCUUACUACUGGUUCAAAAGGUGUUCCAUGUCAAAAGUGUAAAGAAAUGGGUCAUGAUGUGGAAAGUUGCCCCAUUACUAGCCCACAGGUUUCUGGUAUUGAUAUACCUGCUGGAAAGAAUUCUAGGGAGGAGAUGAUCAAAGGUAAUAAGUUGAAAGCUGCAAUUGAGGCCGCCAUGAAUAAAUUGCCUGUAUCAUAUGGAAAGAAUAGAGUGAAUGAUCAAUCAGAUGGGUUGGAUUUGGAUUGUGAAAGAGCUUCUCAAGAGCAAUUAUCAGUCUCAAAUAAGACGAAGAAUAUGAUUUUGUUUGAAGAAACACAUGAAGCACAAACCAAUAUCCGAAACGGUUCCUCUGACUCUUACAAACAAUCAACAAUCAAUCAUGCCAAACAGUUUGGUGCUAAUUCCUCUGAUUUGAGAGUUAGGGAUCCAAGUUUUACUGCUCCUUUUGGAAAGGCUCCAAUGAAGGACUUGUCUGGUCACGCUUUGGCAGCAUCGUCUAUUCUUUUAAAGAUGUCAGCCAUCCCAGAGCAUGAAUACAUUUGGCAGGGGGAAUUUGAGGUAUAUAAGGGAGGAAAAAUUCCAGAUUUAUGCGGUGGAAUUCAAGCGCACCUAUCAUCUUAUGCAUCACCUAAAGUUCUUGAAAUGGUGAACAAAUUUCCCCAGAAAAUUCAAUUGAAUGAAGUACCUCGCUUGAGCACAUGGCCAAUGAAGUUUCAUGAAGGCGGUGCAAAAGAAGAUAAUAUUGCUCUUUACUUCUUUGCCAAAGAUCAUGAGAGCUAUGAGAGAAACUACAAGUUUCUGCUGGAUAGCAUGAUGAAGAAUGAUUUAGCACUGAAGGGAAACCUAGAUGGUAUUGAACUCCUGAUUUUCCCAUCCAGCCAGCUUCCUGAGAAUUGUCAGCGUUGGAAUUUGCUAUUUUUCCUAUGGGGUGUAUUCAGGGCAAGGAGAAUGAGUUGCUCCAAUGCCGCAAAGAAUUCAAGUAUUAUUGGUGGUUUGAAUAUGGUGUCCCUGGAGAGAGAUAUUUCUGCUGAUGACAUGUCUUUGUCUAAGAAUCUAUGUUUGCCCAAGCAUGUAGAUAAAGAUUCAUCUGCUUCUGAUAGUUCUCGUAACAUAGCCCCAGCAUUCAGUUGUCCUGACAAGGCAGGCAUCACAGUAAACGGGGAUUGUGAAAACAAGGCAUCUUGUGAUGAGCAGACAUCUUUGGGUUCACAAGCCCACUCUCAGCAACAGGAUGGACUUGACUCCAGAUUUAUGUCAAGGUCUGCAACAACCACUCAAUUCUCCCAGGAAAUGAGAUGCACCACUCCUCCCCUGGAAGAGUGUAAACUUCCAGUGUGCAGGCAGGGCGCAGAGCUUAAACCCUCUCUUGAAGAAAUUAAAACUGAUAUUGGUUCCAACAAAGUUGAGAAGACAGAAAUGCAUAUAGGUGCUCCGUUUGUCAGAGAAGAGAGUUCAAAAUUAAAAAUUCUCCCUGUAGGUGAUGAGGUGACUGUUGUUUCUGAGAAGAUGCCAGAUUUAAUGAUAAGGGGCAGAAAUCAAGUUGAUCUUGAAAGGUGCUUAAAGGAUGAUGAUGAGUAUAUAGACACAGAAACUGCCUUGGGUAGAAACCUGAACUUUAAAGGGCUCAACUGUCAGCAGUCCAAUCACCAUAAGCGCCUACACUUGGAUCUAAAGGAAACUGUGUCAGAAAAUUCUAGCGGCAUAAGUCAAAAAAUGACUUGGAAAGAAGCAUUUGUAGAUGGAGAAAGUUCUAGCAAGAAGCCGAAGACAUGUUUUAGUGGAACAUAUGGAUAUAGUAGUUCCAGAGAUAGAGAUUCUUUUAGUGACGGAUUUUCAUCACAGAGAGAUGAUCUGCAUCCCAGUGCUUCAGUUGAGGAUAAGAGAUGUGAUGUGCUAUGUGAUGAAAAAGUUAUUCCUGAGGACUUGGGAACUACAGAGAGGUACUUCUUUCCUGUGGAUUCACAUGUAAAAGAUUUGCAGUUGGGGUCUAACCCCAUGCCAUGGAAAGCACUCUCAUCGAAGGAUGAGGAUCAAUUUCGUGAUGGGUUUCCAAAUCUCGAGCUUGCUUUAGGGGCUGAGAAGAAACCACCAAAUAAGGGAAUGUUGCCUUUCUUUGUUGGAUCGGUAGACAAAAAUAAUAACCAGGACAAGCCUCCGGAUAAGGUGACUGAUAAGGGAAAGGAGGAGGAUGUGUCUGCGUCCCUUUCUCUUUCGCUUUCAUUCCCAUUUCCGGACAAGGAACAACAAACUGUCAAACCUGUUCCGAAAACAGAGCAGCUCCUGCCUGAAAGGCGUCAUGUGAAUACUUCGCUGUUCCUCUUUGGGGGUUUCUUGGACAAAUAGACCAACAGUGAAAUCUCACAGUUUGUACAUUAUUGUGCCCGAUUUGGAAUUAUGAAUGUCAAUGUAUACCAAGAUCAUGGGCAAUGAUCUCCAUGGGCUUUAUAGGACAUCUACUUUUCCAUCUGUUAAUAACCCACACAGGACUUCUAAUAAUUUUUCUUUACCAUUUUUCUUUUAGAUAUUUUUGGUUUUUUUGAGUGCAUAGUUAAAGGCUGUUUGUAUAUAAAGAGAAUCAAAGCCAAGCACAGUUUCAAAUGCCAGAAGAAAUUUGCAGACCAA